AUGUUGCAUAUCCAGCAAAAACUCCACAUCGGGCGAUGUAGGCGACUUCCCUUCUCCUGGUAUGAAAUCAGAGGACCCUCGUCUCGGGUUUCCGGACGGUCGCUGAAAUCCGAUAGCUCUCAUAGUCCAGGAGUCGCUGAACCCGCCUCGUUAUGUCCAGGCUUUCUCGCAUGUCUCCAGCUGCUGGAAGUUAGUGGAUGA